CAGGAAACAGAAAUCUCAGAAAGGAGAACCGAAGUGUAGUUGAGCUGUCGUGAAUUUGUGUUUCAUGCUAUAAAAUGGCAGAAGCCAGAUUUUCUCAGGAUGAGUUCAUCUGUCCAGUGUGUCUGGAUCUUCUGAAGGAUCCGGUGACAACUUCCUGUGGGCACAGUUACUGUAAGAGCUGUAUUACAGGCCACUGGGAUCAGGAGGAUCAGAAGAGAGUCUACAGCUGCCCUCAGUGCAGACAGACCUUCAGUCCAAGACCUGCUUUAGCUAGAAACACCAUGCUGACUGACGUGGUAACAAAACUGAAGAAGACCAAACGUCCUGGUGACUGUUAUGCUGGAGCUGGAGAUGUUCAGUGUGACGUCUGUACUGGAAGAAAAUACAAAGCUGUCAAGUCCUGUCUGGUGUGUCUGAACUCUUACUGUCAGGAUCACCUUGGACAACAUGAAAGUUUCUUUAAAGGAAAGAGACACAGUUUGACUGAAGCCACCGGACGACUGCAGGAGAUGUUCUGCCGAAAACAUGAUAAGCUCCUUGAGCUUUUCUGUUGCACUGACCAGAAAUGUAUAUGUGUGAUGUGUAAAAUGGAUGAACAUAAAAAUCAUGACACUGUAUCAGCUGAGGCACAAAGGACAGAGAACCGGAAGCAGCUGAAAGACAUGCAUAGAAGGUUCCAGCAGAGUAUCCAGCAAAGAGAGAAAGAUCUUCAGCAGCUGAGAGAGGCUGUGAAGUCUCAAAAGCACUCUGCACGGACAGCAGUGCAGGACUGUGAGAUGAUCUUUAAUGAGCUCAUCCACUCUAUUGAGAGAAGACGCUCUGAAGUGACACAGUGGAUCAGAGAUCAAGAAAGGGCUGCGGUGAGUCCAGCUAAAGGACGUAUGGAGCAACUAAAGCAGGAGAUCAAUGAUCUGAAGAGGAGAAAUGCUGAGCUGGAGAAGCUUUUACACACACAGGAUAACAUCCAGUUCCUGCAGAGUUUCCAUUCUCUCUCAGCACCUCCUGAAUCUACAGAUGAAUCCAUCAUUUCCUUCAGUUCUCUCUUCUCUUUUGUUAAUGUGAAAGAAUCUGUCUGUCAGCUGAAAGACAAACUGGAUUUCUGCAAAGAGAAGAUCAAAAAGAUCUCAGACAGAGUCACAUCCAGCAGCAUUGUUCCCAGGACCAGAAAUGACUUCCUACAAUAUUCCCAUCAGCUCACUCUGGAUCUAAACACAGUGAAUAAAUACCUUCAUCUGUCUGAGAGCAACAGAGCGAUUAUGUACACUAACACAGUCCAGCCAUAUCCUGAUCAUCCUGACAGGUUUGAGGUGUAUAAGCAGCUCUUGUGUAGAGAGAGUGUUUGUGGACACUGUUACUGGGAGAUUGAGUGGAAUGGCAGUGUGUUAAUAUCAGUGUCGUAUAAGAGCAUCAGCAGGAAGGGAGGAAAAGAGUGUUGGUUUGGAUAUAAUGAUCAGUCCUGGAGUUUGUUCUGUUCUCCCUCCAGGUACACAUUCAUACACAGUAAAGUAGAGACUGAUCUUCAUGUAGAGGCCAUCAGCAGUAGAAUAGGAGUGUAUGUGGAUCACAGUGCAGGAACUCUGUCCUUCUACAGCGUCUCUGACACAAUGAGUCUUAUCCACACAGUCCAGACCACAUUCACUCAGCCGCUCUAUCCUGGGUUUUAUGUUUAUCCUGGGUCAUCAGUGAACCUAUGUUGAUGAAUACCAAUAGACUGUAAAGAGAUUAUUCUCAUAAUACUUUGAGCUGCAUGAUACAGUGAGAGUACAGCUGAACUUCCAUGUAUAAAUUCUCAUAUAGACUUGCUUUUUUCAAUCUCUAUUUGUAUUGAUGGGAAUCAAAGUAAUUAUUGUUAUAGUGUAACACAAAUUAUUUGUUUUAUUACUAUCAAAAG